UGUAUGUUUGUCAUUCGUUGUUUAGUGAAGAGCGCGGUGGACGUGGGGGUAACGUGGCUAAGAAGAAGUGAAAGAAGAGUGAAAUAGUUCAAUAUAAGACAUAUUCUGAUGAUUAACUAACUCUAAAACUCAAGGAACCGCUAGCCAUAACGUCGAAGGAGCUCUAACUGAGAGAACGUUUUGGAUCUUGAAUAAAUUCACAAAGACGUUUUUGUAUGCGACCGGAAUGUAGUAUAAUUCCUUGGGAAGACCACUCGCAUGACUGCUAUAUAGCAUUGCUAGAAUGUGCGAACUGUUCACAGAGCUGAAACAACAGUUCGAGUGUCACUUGACAUUAGCCAGUGAAAGUUUCAAGUCUCCGGGUGUAUAGACUGACAGAAGAACUGUGUUUCACAAAUAUCUGAGAAUACUAAUACAUCAUACCGAAAAAUCUAAGAAGUGGAUGGAGAAGUGCUGUUUUUUAACGUUCGUGGCGCUGUUGUCGCUUAUAUCACAGGGUCUUACUACCCAGUGUUACAUCUGUAGCUGGAGUCCAGACGAUAGAAAUAACCAGACAGAUCAUUGCACGGACGACAACUUCCAUGCCCAGAAAGUUUACAGUCACGAGUGUGAUCAUGGUUGUGAGGUGUUUGUUCAGUGGGACUCCAAUGGGAGUCUGGAACAGUGGAGAAGGAACUGUGUCCCUGAAGAUGUCCACAUAGCAAACAGUUGUGAGGUUACAAAUAAAAUUGCCUGGAAGAGAAGAGUUUGUGCUUGUGAUUCGGACUAUUGUAAUGGGGUUUCUACUUUGUCAGUACCAAGAUCUCUGGGAGCUGUACUGAGUUUCAUCAUAGUGUGGAACGUGAGGCAGUGAACUCUCGGUCUCAGUGAUGUGUACGUACCAACACGAGGCUAGUGAUAUUGUCAGAAUAGUUAGCGUUGGCGCUAUUUGUAUGUAGAUCCUCGAAAGAUUACGUUUCAGAAACGUCCGACCAAAGUUGGCUAUAGCGUAAGACUGUAAGUUAUUUGUUAACGUUGUCACGUUUCUCUGCAGAUCGUUUUUGUUUUACUACGUAGGAUGUGAAGUGUUUUCAUUGUUAGAGCUAGAGGCAGUAUUAUUUAGCGACUAUCGCUUCUUCUUUUAAAACGAAAAAAAAAUAUUUUCUAGCUUCGGUAUAUAUAUAAAAACAAAAUAAAAAAUGUACUAAUGUCA